AGAGAGAGAGAGAGAAAGAGAGGGAGGGAGGUGGGAGAGAGAGCUGCUUUAGUUUCAGAGAAGGAGCACUUUCGCCUCCUUUAACUUGACUGAGUGAGUGAGUGAGUGCGUGCACACGCUUCCAGGAGGAGCAAGUCAAAGAGCGAGGGGGACGGGUUCAACCAGGUCGGAAUACAGACACGCUCAAGGGGGGGGGGACAAGUGGCAGCAGGCAUGUGGAGCAGGCCGGGGAAGCGAGAGAUUACCAGUCCGUUCCCAGAGCGCCAAGCGUGGGAUCCACGAGACCCCAAGGCCGGAUGGCAGCUGCACCCGAUGGCGGCGUCCAUCCGCUGAGGGGCCAGGGGUACGGCAGAGGUGGGGGCCGCGGCGGCGGGGGCCAUGCGGCCUCUCCGGAGGAGCUGCCUCCUCAGGUGGCUGGGACUGAAGAUCUGCAGGAGGACCACCGUGCUCUUCGCUCUCUUCUGGUUCAUGUUCUGGGCGCUGCUCAACAGCCUGGCGUUUGUGCACAGGAGCAUCUUCUCCGACUUCUGCACAGAUGAAAAGAGCAAGCAGAUCCUCCAGAGGGUGUGUGGUGAAUAUCGAGAGGGAGUCCUGACCGGGGACCUAUGUGAGGACCUGUGUGUCAAUGGGGGGGUGGAGUACAAGCGCUGCCUCUACUACGAGAACGGCAAGAAGGUGAUGGAGGCCGAAUGGCAUGGCGUGCCUGUGGUGCUGAAGUCAAAGUUGGAAAACUUUACCUCCUAUGAGGGCUUUGGCCCACUGGAGUACCAGGAGAGCACCGAGCUGUCACCCAUGGAUGUCGUCUUCUACGCAACACUGGAGAUCAAGAACUCCAUGGGGCUGGAGGUUAGGAGUACUGCAGUUCCCCGGCUGUGGAGCCAACAGAUGAGCCAAGGAAGCCAUCCCUACUCACGGGCUGAGCUGGCCUCCCUCUGGUCCCUCCUCCAGCAGGAGGAAUACACCUUCUUCAAGGUCCUGCAAGACCUCAGCCAGCAUGUGGUGAAGGUGCUGGGCUCCUGUGGACACUUUUAUGCAGUGGAGUACCUCAUAGCCGGCCACGCCUGGAACCAGAACCUGUUUGCACUGGAAGACCUCCUGAGCCUGCCCGAGGCAGAGGGUGACGACUUGACCAGUGAGCCGAGGAGUAAGAGAGAACGGGACAUGGUGCAUCAGAUUGCUCUCAGCUUUCUGGAAAUGGUCCGCCAUUUUGAGAAUGACUUCUCUCAUCAUCUCCACCUAUGUGACAUCAAGCCUGAGAAUUUUGCUAUCAGGAAAGACUUGACGGUUGUAGCCAUCGAUGUAGACAUGGCGUUCUUCGAACCCAAAAUGCGGGACAUUCUGGAGCAGAACUGCACGCACGAUGAUGACUGUAACUUCUUUGACUGCAUUUCCAAAUGUGACCUCAGACAAAACAAAUGUGGAUCAAAACGCAUAAACAGCAACCUACAGGUGAUCUGUGACAAGAUUUUCAGGCGCUGGUUCUCCCCGACGCUGAUGGGUGAGAGGGCAGGGCUCCCCCUGCAGGUGGAACUACAGCAUGCCGUGCAGGAGUGUGUGGAGACCGCGGGGGGAGAGGAUGCAACACGGAGACAGGCCGUCAUGCUCCGCCUCUCCUCCGUGCUCAGCCGGCUCCUCCGGGAUGGAUCUACACAAAGACGGAGCCACUAAUUCCACACUGACCUUUUCAUGUCACCUGACUCAUGGUUUUGUUUUUUUUUUUUUACCGAAAUCUAGUAAUAUGAAUACUUCAUUAACAAACUUUUAAUUAGACUGCUCAGAGCCAUCAAGAUUGACAGUAUGCACUUUUUACAGCAACAUCUGCUUUGUAAUUAUGUAGAAUAAGAAAUUAAGAUUUAAAAAAAGAUUACAAUGUCAGUAAGAAUUUUAUGUAACCAUCCAUGCUCAAGAAGAGACAUAGUUCAAGAGGUCACAUGUACUUUUUCAGUAAUUAAUGAAGAAAUAUUUCAGUAUUUUUUUGUCUUGGACGGUUACCCAAAAUUUAGGAACUGUGUACUACUUUCUUGAAAACCUUAGGGUAAGGAUUUUGCCCAGGUAAAGAAGCCAAAAGUUAAAGAACCUUGUUUUCUCCAACUAGACAGUAGCCUUUGCCAGACCUUGUUUUGCACUUAUUCCAACUUACAUUGGUUUCCAACUUAAUAGUAUGUUUUUUUAAGUGUCAACAGUAUAUCACAACCCUUACAACAGAGCAGAUAAAAACAUCUGUCUGGACCCAAACCUUUCAGGGCAUGAUGACUGUCAACAUGUUUUUAUGACCUUUUUUAUUAAUUGAUUCUUAACCCUCUGCAAUGUAAUAUGCUUCAAACAAACUGCAGGAUCCAUGCAGUUCAAAGUAAAUAACAGUGAUGCAUUUGGGCUUUUCUUGCACCCCAUUCUUUACAGUGUAAAGGUCUGAAUGUGACAUAAAAGCCCCAAAAAUAGUCUGCUGACCACAAGCACUGACGAGUAUAUUUUGAAAAGUCUAAAAAAUAUAUAUAUAUUGCUGAAAAGUGCAGGUGCAGGGGGGUGGUGUGCGGUUCAGUGGGUUAGCACUGUGCCUGCGGUCAGAACGUUGCUGGUUUGAAUCCCAGAGUUGGCUUACUGAUGCCACUGUUGGGGAGAAGAGUCUAGCACUGGGGCCCAGUUACUCCAGGCUGACUCCACUGUCUGCAAAAAUUGAUACUGCUUUGGAUAAAAUAUCUGAUAAAUGAAUCAAGUGUGUAUGGAUAAACAUACACACACAGUGUCAUGCAAAAGUUUAUGCACCCCUGGCCAAAAUUAUUUCCUUUACCGGGAAUAGCUAAACGAGUAAAAGAUGACCUAAUUUCAAAAAGGCAUGAAGUUGACGAUGACACAUUUCUGUUAUAUUAUCUGCUAAAUUACUUUUUUGCAGCUUCAGAAUAACAAAAAGGAGAAGGGCCUGAAGCAAAAGUCUGGGCCCCCUGCAUGAUCAGGACUUAGUAACACCCUCUUUGGCAACCAUCACAGCCUGUAAACACUUAUUUUAGCCAGCAAAGUCUUUCAGGUCUUGUUUUGGGGAUUUUUGCCCUUUUUUCCUUGCAAAAGCCUUUUAGUUCUGUGAGAUUCUUGGGCUGCCUUGCAUGCCCCACUCUUUUGAGGUCAAUCCACAGACUUUUGGUGACUUUUAGGUCAGUGACCAUGAGGGCCAUGGCGAAACCUUCAGCUUGCACCACUUGGGGUAGCUCAUUGUGGAUUUUGGGAUGUUUAGUUUAGAUCAGUAUCCAAUUGCAUAAAUCAUCCUCUUUUCAUCUUCAGCUUUUUUACAAAUUGUGUGAUGUUUGCUUCCAGAACUUGCUGGUAUUUAAUUGAAUCCAUUAUCGAUCAACCCCUUUAGAUAAUUGUUUUUUUAAUGAAAUUUUGUGCCCAUUAUUUUCCAAACAUACCUUUUCACAUUGGAGCCAAAAAAAUUUAACUUCAUCUGUCCACAGGAUCCCUUUCCAAAAUGCAUCUGGCUUAUUUAGAUGUUCAUUUACAAGCUUCUGCUUCGGAAUUUUGUGGUGAGGAUGCAGGAAAGUUUUUUUUCUGAUGACUAUUCCAUGUAGGUCAUAUUUGUGUAGGUGUCGCUGCACACACAGUAAAACAGUGAACCACCACUUCAGAGUCUGUUAAAUCUUCCACAAGGUCUAUUGCAGUCAAACAGCAACUUUUAUUUGCAUUUCUAGUAAUCCAGCGAGCAAUUCUCUUAGAAGGUUUUCUUGGUCUUUCAGAACUUGACCUCCACUGUUCCUGUUAACUGCAAUUUCUUAAUUGCAUUAUGAACUGCGGAGGAAAUCUAAAAAUACUUGACUAUCUAAAAAUUCUUUGCUAUCUUCUUAUAGCCUUUGUUUGCUUUAUAAGCAUCAAUUGUUUUAAAUUUCUGAGUGCUGGGCAGCUGUUUAGAGGAGCCUAUGGCUGCUGAUUGAUGAGUCCGAGUAUUUAUAAAGCUUAGAAAUUUGCAUCACCUGGCCUUUCCUAAUGAUGAAAACAACCACUCCUUUAAUAAGCUUAUUGAGGCCUGAGACCUUGGAAAAAAAUCUCUUGGGGUGCCCAAACUUUUGCAUGGUUCUCCUUUGCUUUUUCUCCACUCAAAAAUUGUACAAAUCAAAAGUAAUCUUGCUGAAAAUGUUGAAAAAUCUUUAACUUAAUGCUUCUUGGACACAAGUUCAUCUUCUACUCACUUAACUAGUCACAGUAUCAGAAACAGUGACCAGGGGUGCCCAAACUUUAGCAUACCACUGUGUAAAUAUUUGGUGUGUAUGACAUCCUGCGAUGCUGUGGUUCUAUGGACAAAGAGGCUCAGCUGAUCUUUCCACUUCGUACUUGUUUAUGUGAGAAACAUACAACAACUUUUCUGAUGCAAAUUCUAACGGUUCAGAAGAUUGAAUCAGACUGUAAAAAACGUUUAUAUUUUUCAUCCUUUGGAUAAAACAUUUGUGACAGGUGUAAUAUGUAAUGUAGUUCCUCGCCCCCAUCCGUGGUUUUGCUUUCUGUGGUUUCAGUUUCCCGCGGUCAACCACAGUCCAAAAAUAUUACAUGGAAAAUUCCAGAGAUAAUUCAUAAGUUUCAAAUUGCGCGCCAUCCUCAGUAGCAUGAUGAAAUCUUGUGCCGUUCUGCCCGGGACAUGAAUCAUCUCUUUGUCCAGCAGUUACUCGCUGUAUACGCUACACGACCAUUAGAGAGAGAGAGAGAGAGAGAGAGAGACCACAUUCAUGUAACUUUUAUUACAGUAUGUUAAAUCCGAUCUAUUUUAUUACAUAUUGUUGUUGUUAAUCUCUUAGUGUGCCUAAUUUAUAUAUUAAACUUCAUCAUAGAUAUGUAUGUAUAGUAAAAAACAUAGUAUAUACUGUAUAUGGUUUGGUACUAUAUGCAGUUUCCAGCAUCCGCUGGGGGUCUUGGAACAUAUCCCCCGCAGAUAAGGGGGGGCUACUGUAUUUACAAAGAAAGAAGUUUACUGCACUGAAACCACAAUUCUCUGGCAUUUCUAGGAGACAUCUGCCUUUAUUUAGCUCGUGCGUGGAGAUAUGGAAGUGGUGAGUGCUUUUGUUGCAUAUAUUUUCUGUAAAAAAAUACUUCAUAUAGUUACAUCAUCCCCUGUGUCAUGUGAUGCACUGGCACCACAAUGGCACUUAUCAGGAGAUGUGACAGUUCCGAGAAACCACAAAGUAGUGUGAUUUUCCCUCACAGUCCGGGGCUGAUAGAUGUUUGGGAGCUGAAAGGCUAAACACUACACAGAAAAGUCCACUUGGCACAUGCAAGAAAACACAGAGAAACGUUCAAGGCAGCUUGAUGUGCGACACGAUUGUCAGAAUUGUAACAUCAUGCUGUUUGCAAUUAAUGCUGUUCUUUCCAGGUCUCUUCCAAUUUGUGGAGGUCACUGCACUUAGGGGAGUCAUGACAACAUUCCCCCGUUCUGUUGUGCCUUGGGGGCAGAAGGGUGGUUGGUGUUUUAGUAGGAUUUUUCCUUAAAGUGCAGUGUGUUUCAUUUAGGACUACGAGGGUCAUUAGCUCGGUCAUGGGUCUGUUCUCUCUCAUUAGGUAAAUUACUACCCAAUCAAAGCUUUCAAGGAGCACUCAAAACUUGCUAUUUCUGAAAACAAUUUCAGUGGAAGUUUCCACUGCCUAUGAAUCCAGAAAGAUUGCUUCGAACAAUUGUAGCGAGACCUUAUUUCUGCUGUAUUUUAGAUGAAAGCAAAAGAACAUUUGACCAAAUCUUUUUAUUCCAAGUACUUCAGAAGUUGAAAUAUGUCUGUACCAUCACUUCUGCUUUUUCUGGCCUCCAUUACUCAUGUCUGUUUCCAAUAACGAUUUUAGAAGGUCAUUCAGAAACUCAAGUAUUAGACAUGAACUCAGUAUUUCUUCCAAGAAUGCAGCAUUUUGCCCUAAUAAUUUCCUUUGGGAUGCUGAUACACAUGCAAGCCUAAAGUGACUUGUGGUCAUUAGAAGACUUUGGGACCCUUACGGUUAUUUGCAGAUGCAUUUGAAUUCUAUGUAACUUUUAAUAUGAAGCUUUAUAAUCUUAAGUUCAUUCUUACUGCUCACCGGGUAAGCAACUACCCCUCCCCUCACGUCUGUGCUUGGGCGUUCAAAUCUCUUUUGUUUUCCCUGAGAUUGUGUACAUUUCUUCUGGGUACUCUGACUUCCUUCUGUAGUCCAAAUCCUUGAUGUUAUAUGAGUUAGCAUCUGUAAAUUUCCCAUAGUAUGCGACGAUGAGUGUGUCUACAAUGGACUGACAUCCAGUCUAAGGUGAUUCCCCUGCUUUGUGCCUCGUGAUUCUUGGAAUAAGCUUCUGGCUCACAAAAACCUUCUACUGGAUUUGCAGAUUCAUGAAAUUCAUUCUCCGAUAUUUGUGCGACACUGCAUUUACAACAUGCAGCUGGUAAUAAAUGAAUGACUAAACUACAAAAACUAGCAUUUAUUAUUUUACUCCUCAGGUAUCCUAUUUUAUUCUACUUUUGUCACUGUCAUCAAUGACAGGACAAUCGAGACUAAAGGUCCAUUAUAAAUCAACCAUCGAAUAUGUUUCAAUAAAAGAAUUACAAACUGGCCAGACAGCAAGAUUCUUGCCAAGAUUGAACUUCCAUCGAUGGUACCUUGCCAUGUGUUCCAACAAGGUAUUGUUCCACAUAUAGCUUUUCAAUGGAAAUGUUUAAGCCUGCUAGACUCAUCAUUUUAAGCAAAAGGCUUUACAGACAACACACUUAUCUUAUUUUGCUUCUCCAGUGUUUUGUUGUUUUUUUUUUUUUUUACCAGAUAAAGGUCCCAUGAGUAGAGAAUCAGACUGAAUCAACUUCAGAAGUGCAUAUGCACAAGCUUUUGGAACUUAUUAGAUUUGGUAUUGAGGCUGAGUAGUUUAUUCAAUUAUAAUUGUUAUAAUUUUUCAGAACUCCAUUAAUUUUUUUCUUGGAGGCCAGUUUAUUGUAACCAGAGCUUCUUUGCGCAAAGACAGCUAAGCACAGUACACAUGUGGGAAAGGUUAUACUGGCAUUUAAGCCCUAUUCCAUUUCAGUAUGGUGCGGUAUUUAGGUAGCAUGUCUGCAGAAUAUUUCAGGCUUCUGCAUCUAAGAAGGUAUUUUACAAAGAGAACAAAGGGAAUACAAAGGCACUAAUUUAUCAAGUGAAACAUUCUCAGAUAUUUACACCCAUUAAUCUUUGAAUGCUCAAAUAAAACAUAUUAUACGUAA